CCGAUUUACAACCCGGAUCGUUUAGAUAUCCGAGAACUUUAGAAGCUAUUCUGGCUUGAGAAGAAAGAAAAACCCAUUCUCCGAUCCUUGUUAAAUCGAGAGAGAGAGAGGAAGAGUAAACAACAGUCGAAGAAGAUGAGUAGCAUUGGAACAGGAUACGAUCUCUCAGUCACAACCUUCUCUCCCGAUGGCCGUGUUUUCCAGAUCGAAUACGCCGCCAAAGCUGUCGACAAUAGUGGAACUGUCGUUGGAAUCAAGUGCAAGGACGGGAUUGUAAUGGGUGUGGAGAAGCUUAUCGCAUCUAAGAUGAUGCUACCCGGAUCCAACCGGAGGAUCCAUUCUGUUCAUCAUCAUGCUGGCAUGGCUGUUGCUGGGCUUGCUGCUGAUGGGAGGCAAAUUGUUGCACGUGCUAAAUCUGAAGCCAGAAGCUAUGAGAGUGUUUAUGGAGACGCUGUACCGGUGAAGGAACUAUCAGAGCGUGUUGCAAGUUAUGUUCAUUUGUGUACUCUCUAUUGGUGGCUUAGGCCUUUUGGUUGUGGAGUCAUUCUUGGAGGUUAUGAUAAAGAUGGACCCCAAUUGUACAUGAUUGAGCCAUCCGGCAUUUCAUAUAGAUAUUUUGGUGCUGCAAUUGGCAAAGGCAAACAAGCUGCUAAAACGGAAAUCGAGAAAUUGAAGUUGUCUGAGAUGACAUGCAAAGAAGGCGUUAUUGAAGUUGCUAAAAUCAUUUACAAGUUACACGAUGAAGCCAAAGACAAGGCCUUUGAAUUGGAGAUGAGCUGGAUCUGCGAGGAGUCAAAACGAGAGCACCAGAAGGUCCCUGAUGAUCUUCUAGAAGAAGCAAAGACGGCAGCCAAAACUGCACUUGAGGAGAUGGAUGCUGACUAAACUGAGAAAAUGGGUCAAAUUAGAUAUGUGUUAUGCAUCGUUUGGUGUUUCUGUUGUAAAACUUUUAAAUUUGGCCGAGAGGGGCAAAUCGCUACAGUUUCUCAUGAACCUUUGGACUCUUUCAUCUUGUUGCUAUCGACAGUUUCUUUGAACUCUGGAGUGACUGUUGUUGCUGUUUUUUCUCAAACUUUCCAGUUUUUCACCAAUGCGCCACCAUCGGAGCUUCCCCCUUG